AUGGGGAAUGCGUCCAACACCUCAGUGUUCACCUCCACCUUAUCGGAGAGAGAAGACCUGAUUUUUGGCACUCUCUAUUUGGUCUUUGGCAUCCUGUCCCUGUCUGGGAACUCACUGCUGCUGCUGGUGGCCCAUCAGAAGAGGUCCCUGCUGAAACCUGCCGAGCUCUUCAUCGUCAACCUGGCCGUCAGCGACCUGAGCAUGACGGUGACGCUCUUCCCCCUGGCCACCUCCUCCUUCUUUGCACACAGGUGGCUCUUCGACCAGGCCGUGUGCACGCUCUACGCCUUCUGCGGGGUCCUGUUCGGGCUGUGCAGCCUGGCCAGCCUGACGGUGCUCAGCACGCUCUGCUGCCUCAAGGUCUGCUACCCGGCAUACGGGAGCAGGUUCUCGCGGGGCCACGCCGCCGGGCUGCUGCCGGCCGUGUGGGCCUACGCCCUGGCCUUCGCCAGCGCGCCCCUGGCCCGCUGGGGCAGCUACGGCCCCGAGCCCUACGGGACAGCCUGCUGCGUCACCUGGGAGGCCUCCGGCCGGGGGGCCACGCUCUACAUCCUCGCCCUCUUCAUCUUCUGCUACCUGCUGCCCUGCCUGCUCAUCCUGGCGUCCUACGCGCUGAUCCUGUGGACGGUGUGGGCGUCGCGGAGAGCCGUGAGGCAGCACACGUCCCCCCGGCGCGGGGCCCGCGGCCUGCACGGCCUGCUCCUCAGGCUGAGCAUCGCCGUGUGCCUGGGGUUCCUGGCUGCCUGGACUCCCUACGCCGUGCUGGCGCUGUGGGCGCUGCUGGGGGACGCCAGCCAGGUGCCAGCGCUGGCCUUCGUGCUCUCGGCCGUCCUUGCCAAGUCCUCGACGCUCUACAACCCGCUGGUGUACCUGCUGCUCAAGCCCAGCUUCCACGAGCUGCUGUCCAAGGACGGGGCGCUGCCGCGGGCCCUGCACACCCUCCUGUGCUGCGGCUGCCGGGGCACCGCGCUCCGGCCCUUCCCGGCCGCGGGCUGCAGGGGAUGCUCCGGUGCUUGCAGCAGCUGCAGUGAGGUUUUUGAGUGUUUCAGUGGCUGCCCCAGGUGCCACGCUCCCCCCCGGCUGCCCGGCGGCCCUGCCCAGCGUGGGCCCCUGGCCGUGCUGGCCGGAGGGGCCGCGGGGCAGCCGGGGCUCAGGAGGACGGUGCAGGUGGUGGUGCUGCUCACACGGAGGUGGCCAGGCCUGGGCACUGCCAGCGUGGCACGGGAGGCCCUGCCCUCGGCCAUGGCCAAGGAGCUGCUCUGA